AUUAUCCAUCUACGGAGUACAGUAAAGUCAUUUGUAGAAAAGACACGCUUCGACUCGGCUAGUCGAGUAUCCUUCGAAAUCGAAUUUUGAACUGUACCGAACCCUGAAACGCGCCGUAGCACACGGGUAGCCGACGGGUGUAUCGCGCACGAAGAGGGUGAACACACGUCGGGCGGUGGCUCGUCGACGAGUGUCGCGGCGCUGCUCUAAAACAGGGCCGCUACGCAUGCGUGCUCCCUCGCUCCCCGUCGCUGCUCCGCGCGAGAGUAGCUCGGGGUUAGCAGCGGAGAGGGGGAGUGCCUAAUCCCAACUUGCCCUACGCUACGCGCCAGGCGCGUCAGUCGCGCGAGAGCCUUCGACGUGUGGAGGUGUCUCCCCGCGCUCCGCGUGAGCACCACCGCCGCUCUCUCCCCCGUCUCUUUCCCCCCACACGCGCGCGACACAUCACUGCCACUAGUAUAAUAGCUACAAUACUGCCGUAGUAUAUCGACACGCGUGCGUGCGUGCGUGCGUGCGUGCGUACGUUGCAUGCGUGCAUGCGUAUGUGCGUGCGUGCGUACGUACAGAGAGAGAGGAGAGAGAGAGAAUGCGUGCGCGCGCGCGCGCGCGCGUUCCAUCGCGACAUUGUGAAAACUCUGUGAGGGAUUGUCGUCAUCCAAGAAGAGUGGAAGAACGCCGAACACGUGAAACAGAACGACAGGACGAGGUAGACGUGAUCGUUCGCGAGUGCUCCGGGGACGUGUAAAGCAGAUUGAAAGGAAGAGAAGCGUGACGAUCGAACUGUCGUGCGGUUGUUCUUUGACGCUCUAUGGUGUGCCGUCUCCUCAAUCGCGCUCGUGUAUUUUCGUGUCGUUCGUUUAACACUGCCGGAAGCACGCCGUUGCUCCCUUGGCUCGACGAAAGCGUUGUCGCCGUCGCCGUCGCCGUCGUCGUCGUCGUCGUCGUCGACGUCGUCGAGCCCAUGAGGCAUCGUUGAGCCCACAUUGUAUUCAGGGAGGAAGGAGGAAGAGCGAGUAAGCCAGCAAAAGCGAACAGACACGACGACGAGGAAGACGGAAGAAGUGGGAGGCGUUGCUUUAUCGGAGCAUAUCGAAGAGCAGACGAUUCAACGACGGUCGCGCGUCGAGAUUUAAACUGCCACUGCCGCCGUCGCCACUGCCGUUGUCGCCACUACCGUCGUCGUCAUCGUCGUCAUCAUCGUCGUCAUCAUCAUCAUCAUCAUCAUCAUCAUCAUCAUCAUCAUCAUCAUCAUCAUCAUCAUCAUCAUCACAUUGGUCACUGGGCGAUUUAAAUGGGCCGUGAAAGCGUUUCAGCAGGUGCUAUGGGUGGAACCAGGAUUCCCACGGGCCUGCGAAGUUCACCUACGGCUCGGCUUGAUGCUGAAGGUCCACGCUGACUUCGACGCCGCCUUGAAGCACCUGACCCUCGCCCUGAUCGAUGCCACAACACCUGCUUCCUUCUCCAAGCUUGAAAUCAAAUUUCAUAUCGCACACUUGCACGAAGUUCAAGGCAAAUAUCGCUUGGCCAAGGAGCACUACGAGGGCUUGCUCAAAGAGAAGGCUCUACCGUCGCAUUUGAAGGCUGACAUUUGCCGUCAACUGGGAUGGAUGUACCAUGUAGUUGACUGCACAGUAUUGGGCAUAACGAGACAGCAGAAGCAAACCUUGGCUAUCCACUGUCUGCAAAGGUCCAUCGAAGCUGAACCGAAGAGCGGACAAAGCCUCUACCUGUUGGGACGUUGCCUGGCAGCCUCCGGAAAAGUUCACGAUGCAUUCGUCGCGUACAGGAAUUCGGUCGAGAAGUCGGAAGGAAACGCCGAUACAUGGUGCAGCAUAGGAGUUCUUUACCAGCAGCAGAACCAGCCGAUGGAUGCCUUACAGGCCUACAUAUGCGCAGUUCAAUUAGACAAAUCACACUCGGCCGCUUGGACUAAUCUCGGCAUACUGUACGAAAGUGUUAGCCAACCGAAAGACGCUCUGGCCUGUUACGUCAACGCAUCCCGGGGUAACAGCAACACGGCGAAUUGCUCAGGUCCACUGGUGGGUCUAGGUGGCGUCAAGUCCGGUGGCAACACUCCGAUGAACCCGUCCCUUCAACAGCGCAUCAACUUUCUGCAGAAUCACCUAAGUCAAGCACCAAUGCCUUCCGUCGCUGCCAAGAGGCGGCAAUUGCCGCCGAUCGAAGAGGCCUGGAAUUUGCCGAUUAGCGCGGAGAUGUCCAGUCGGCAACAGCAACAACAGCAAGCACCGGGUGGGCCCUCCUACAAAUACGGCACCGCACCUUCCGGUCCACCGCCACCUUACCCUCAGGCCCAGGCUCAAACUAAGCGUUUUAAGCCGGGCGAGGAGGCAAUAUCAGCGAGCGCGCCGCAACGGCCGCCGCCGUUUUACAUGUCGCCGCAGCAGAUCCAGACGCUACAUCUUCUGCAGCAGAAUCACGGCAAUCUGUCGCCGCAGCAGCAGAUCUUGUUGGCUCAGCUGCAGCACCAAUACCGGACGAUGCAACAACAUCAGCAGCAGGUCAAGCUGCAACAUACGAUGCAACGGACCAUCAGGCCCGGUCAGCCCGGCUAUCCCGCCGCAGGUUACGGUCAUCCUCAAAUCAGCGGCCAGGCUGGCGUUAUAAAGAAUUACGGGAUUCCGCAGCAACCGAUCAAAGUGAAGAAAUGCGUUAAAACUCACCGGGACUUGCAGUUGCAGCAAGGAGGCACAGUUGCGUUGCAAACCGGCUUCUCCGACUCUAAUGUUGGCUACAGCACGGCAGCAACCGGGAACACGCAGACACCAGGUAUGCCUUACAAAUCUGCGUCGGAUCCAAAUUAUCCUCAACCUCAGCCUCAACGGCAAAUCAGCGGCGGCGCACAGUAUGGCCAGUAUCAGCCAAGUCAAUACGCCGCUCAGGGCUACACGCAAAUCUCAUCGACGACAAGUAGCUAUCCAGAGGGCUCAGCGGCGAAUAAGGACUUAGGCGUCACAGACCAGGAGCUGCAGGCGCUGCUCUCGCAGAAGGACAUUGCUACGUCGUUGGCGGAGGACUUGCUCAAGCAUUUUGGCUCGGAGGAUCUGGACGUGAAGGAAGAGCCGCCAGCCAGCAUUAUGAACAACAAUGGCGCUCUCAGUUCCGGUCCGUUUUCGCCGUCGAAUCUUGAGGACAAUGUGGACAAGGCGAAAGACGUGGUGAAAUUGGAGAAACCCGAGGAGGUUCAGCCGUCGUCGAAGGUGGCAGCAGAGGCGUACGAAACGAAUGACGUGAAGCCGCCAACGCUUUCGGUACCGCCAACGCCGUCAACGCCGUCGGUGGAAACGGUAAAAUGCGAGCAGACGAGCGCGAGCAGGAACAGCGAAUCGACUCCGAAAACAGAGCCGGUGCUGAAGCUCGAGAGCCUCUGCGAAUCGCAGCCGGAACUGGAGCUGAACAUCGAUAUGGACGCGAAGGUGAUCGUAGAGGCGUGUCGCGGCCAGGGGGUGAACGGCGUGCCGAAUUGCUCGAUAUUGAGCGACCGUUCGCCGCCACCGGCCCCGCCGGAUCCGCCGAGUCAACGAUUGACGAAGGAGCAGCUGCUGCCACCCACGCCCAGCGUUUACCUGGAGAACAAGAAGUGCGCGUUCAGUCCGCAGCUGCAAGAGUUUUGCUUGAAGCAUCCGAUCGCCGUGGUGCGCGGACUUGCCGCUGCUCUUAAGCUGGAUCUGGGUCUGUUCUCGACCAAGACUUUGGUGGAGGCGAAUCCGGACCACGGUAUCGAGGUGCGCACUCAAAUGCAGCAACCGAGCGACGAGAACUGGGAUCAGCAGUUCACUAAGAAGGUGUGGAACUGCAUCAGUCAUCGCAGUCACACCACUAUCGCGAAAUACGCGCAGUAUCAGGCCAGUAGUUUCCAAGAAAGUUUGAAGGAGGAACGCGAGAAGUCGCAGGGCGUUCAUACGUCCAACCUGUCUGAUUCCGACUCGAAAGAUAGCACGGGUCAAAUCACGAAACGCAAGAAGAACGCCGUUGGUCUGGCAGGUCGGCAGGGUUCGAAGAUGUUGCGUUUCGGCACGAAUGUUGACCUCUCGGACGACAGGAAGUGGAAACCGCAGCUUCAGGAGCUGAUGAAGCUACCUGCCUUCGCUAGAGUCGUAUCGGCUGGCAACAUGCUCAGUCAUGUGGGCCAUGUGAUUCUAGGAAUGAAUACUGUACAGUUGUAUAUGAAGGUACCCGGUAGCAGGACACCCGGUCAUCAGGAGAACAACAAUUUCUGCUCCAUCAACAUCAAUAUCGGGCCGGGAGAUUGCGAAUGGUUCGCCGUGCCUGAUGCCUACUGGGGUGUCAUAUGCUCGUUAUGCGAGCGCAACGGCAUCAAUUACCUGCACGGCAGCUGGUGGCCGUCUCUGGAGGAUCUGUAUGAGGAGAAUAUUCCAUUGUACAGGUUCGUGCAACGGCCGGGUGACUUGGUCUGGGUGAAUGCGGGCUGUGUACAUUGGGUGCAGGCGGUUGGCUGGUGCAACAAUAUCGCAUGGAACGUCGGCCCACUCACAGCGAGGCAGUAUCAGCUCGCUAUCGAGCGCUACGAGUGGAACAAGCUCCAGUCAUUCAAGUCCAUCGUACCGAUGGUACAUCUGUCGUGGAAUCUGGCGCGCAAUAUCAAGGUAUCGGAUCCGCGUCUGUUCGAGCUGAUCAAGAAUUGCUUGCUGAGAACCAUGCGACAAUGCUGUCUUAUACUGGACUUUGUGAAGAGCAAGGGUGUGGAAGUGCGCUUCCACGGCCGAGCCAAGAACGAGGCUUCGCAUUAUUGCGGACAGUGUGAGAUUGAAGUGUUCAACAUUUUAUUUAUCCGGGAGCAGGAGAAACGGCACGUUGUGCAUUGCAUGGAUUGUGCGAGGAAACAGUCACCGUCCUUGGAAGGAUUCGUGUGUCUCGAGGAAUAUCGUAUGCGUGAACUCAUGGACGUCUAUGAUGGCUUUACUCUGCAUACGUCGCCGUCGACUUCUGCUUCGACGGCGUUAUCUACGCAGUCCAACGCGCAGUCCUCCUGAGGUUACAUGCAGCACAGAUAUUUGGACUUUCUGGGCACGUUGUCGCAGUGACGGCCCGGGCAGUGCGAAUUCUGUGUUCCGGUCGACGAGUUGCGACAAGACACUUCUUCUUACGAUAAGCAUUAUCCGUGUACCUGAGAGCUACUCUAAACGAGCCGGGGUCGACUCGGUGGCUCCUGUAGAUAGGUUAGGUGAUAACUCCGUACAACUCGGCUGAGACAUGAAACUGUGAAGUGUUUUAGCCUGUGCAAAGUAAUCACGGGACGAAUUAAUCCACGUUUGUGGACGUGAAAUCUUGAUUAGAAUUUACAUUACGUACGCGGGAGAAACACGUAUUCGGGAGUGCAUUCUACUUCGCGCACUACAGCACAGACUGUUGGCACGCAUAGAGACGUAAGUGCGCCCGAAACCAACCGAAAUGUUCCAUAUAAUAUCGACGUUGAUAAUUGCAAAAUUGGCAAUUACAUAUUAAAAGUCGUAUAUUCUGCGGAAAUAUACGGACUCGUACAUAUUGGGACAGCUUAGCCAAAUAUUGAACAUUUAUCGAGUCUGCCUCUCGUAUUCGAAACUCUUCGUGUGAGCGCGAUUCGUGUUGUGAGAAUACGUAAGUGAACCUUUGGACGCUAUUUCUCGCUUCAUUUAUUCUGUGUACUAUUCUGUAGAGUUGCGUGCGCACUUUUGUCGAUCUGUGUGCGAGAGUCUGCGGCACGGUGCGCACCUAUGCAUCCGAAGUGAACUCGAGAUUGUUACGAAAAACAGUGUGCACAGUGUGGCGGCUAUCGAGCAGAGCAGCCUCGAGUUGAACCCCGGCGUGAAGAGGUGGGAGGGAUCCCUCGUGUUCGAGAAGCAAUUCCGAGAACGUGGCUCGCGUCUCGCGCGCCGCGGAAUUAGUUAGCGCCGUUUGUACAAAAAGAAAAAUCUCGUUAGCUCGCUACUUUCUAGAGAUCGUCGUGAAGUGGUCACCGUGGAUUCUCCCCCUUCCCGCCUUGUAAAUACGCGACGGCGAUCACGAUAUUUGUAUCCGUAUAGCUCUCGGGUAUUGUAGUGAGAAGAAUUGAAGAGGGAAAACUGUGUCGGGGGGAGAAGGACGUGCGUGAGAGCGAAUAAAAAAAAAGUAGGAUACGAAGGGAAAAGAGGGACACGAGAGGCUCGCUAUGCUACAAUUUUCGUUUCCCGCGUUCGCGCUCUCGACUGAUCGGGGUUGCUGCCCGUGUUUGUUUCGCCGGUUGUUCUUCGUUAUCGUCGUGAUCAUUAAGCAAUCCUUUGUGAUUCGAUAUAGCUUAGAACACACACUAUACGACAAACGCAACGCGAUAUUUAUUUUAUAAAAAUUAUUAUUUCUUCGCUCCUUGUUUUUUAAUCUACGUGAUUAGUUCUGUAACGUGACGAAGUACAAGACUACACGCGCGCGACGAAGAUAAUGUGAUUCACUGCCACUUGGAAGAAAUCAUUGAGAGUAAGAGAAAAGGAGAGCGAGCGCAAGUGUGAAAAAGAAAGAAAGAAGGAAGGAAAAGAGAGGAUCUGUUCGCUCUGUAUACGUGUGUGAGAAUCGCCGACAAACAAUCGUUGAUUAAUCAUUAGGAAUACGCGCGCAGGCAACUGCCGAGACGCAAAACUGCUCAAACUAUUUGUACAUUUUUUGUAUACAAGUUGGCGUCAAGAUUAUGAGAGAAGAAGAGGGGCAAAGGGGGGAGGCGGAUUAACGGGGGGGUGUUAUUGGAUCAUAGAACGAUUUUUACUGCCAAUCGUAUGUUAUCUCUCGUCCUCGAAAGUUUAACUCUCCAGUUAGUCGCAGUACUCAAUAGAGAACGUCAUUGCUAUACGGCUUCAAAAUUUUUCAUCCAUCCUAGUAUUUGCCGAUUUGCUCUUCACUAUUUUUUUUAUGCACUUUAGUGUCUGGUCUAUGGUCAAAUGCUAAUGAAAGAAAAAACUGUUUGUAGAAGCAAAAGAGAAUUAUGGAAAAAUUGGUGUAUCUGCGAGAUAUAUUGUGACCAUUGAUGAGUGAGAAAUAUUGCGACCAACGGAGAGUUAAUCUCUCAGUCGCAUAGGAUGGAAAUUGAGCGCGUGAAAAUUUGAUCAUUGUUUUUAUGAGAAUCGAGUUCUCAGAGAGCCUCCUUUCGCGCGCGGAAUUUUUUAUCUCGAAAUGACGCAUCCGCGAUGAAGUAUUGACGUGAAAAAGACGCAUGUGUCACAUUCGACGAAAUCUCUCUUCGAUGUCUAGUGAAAUUUAUACAAGUCUAAUUUAUUGUUUAAGUGCAGCUUUAAAGUACUCUUCUAAAUUGUGUCGCGCUGUUCAGCGACGUCGACUUCUUUCCGCGUGCGUGGAAAAGAAAUUCGUGAUCCGCGUCAGUGAUCCUUGAGAGGUCUGGCGGGGAGACGCUCGCAGAGCGAUGAUGCAAAAGAAAGCAUGUAGAGAAAAGGUUAGAGACACAGAGAGGAAGAGAGAGAGAGAGAGAGAGAGAGAGAGAGAGAGAGAGAGAGAGAGAGAGAGAGAGAGAGAGAGAGAGAGAGAGAGAGAAAGGGAGAGGAACAGAGAAGAGAAUGAGAGAGAGCUUCUGAUCAGGUAAUCGUAUUUUAAGAAAACAAACGUACCUUCACUCAAUCUCGUCAAUUGACUUCGGCGCUCUUUAGUCGAAGGACACAACGUGCCAGAGCGAUUACCGUACCGCCACCUUGUAUAUUAACGUAAUGAGAGACUCGGGAAUCGAGAGUGAGACUCGUCCGCCGUGAUUGAAUCGCGUAUCGACAUGUGCAGGGUGAGCGAGAUUGAAAACGCGAGAGAAAGUUCGGAUAUCUCUCUUGUAUUUGAAAGCGAAUGGACGUGUGUGUGUGUGUAUGUGUGUGUGUGUAUGUAUGUAUGUAUGUGUGUGUGUGUGUACGGUCUUGAUAAAUAUUAACGUGAGCUAAAUGAGGAAUGCCUCUGCGCCCGAAACUAUAACGUGUGAUAAAGUGGUGACCUUAUCUAACGAAAUUUGCGCACUGUGCUAGGGCUUCCAUCUCGGCCGUUCCUUCUUUCCCUUUGAAAGAGAUCACGCCGUCCAAUUUUCGAAGAUUGUUACAUGUAAAAAGUAACUUUCUUUAAUUUUGCUUUAAACUCGGAAACUACUGCCCUUUUAAUACAUUUGCACAAGUUUGAAAUACUUUUAUUCCGAAUUUGAGAGAGAGACUGGACUCUGGUCGUCGUGCGAAUCAUAUCUCGCGAGAACCGCCGCGCACUCUGCACGCGUCUUUACACCGAUCGGUCCGGAUCGGCUGAUUCUCCGUUCGCUUUUCCGUAGUGAUAUCAUAUCCACGCUAUAUCUUUGAUACACAGUUCAGGGAGGGAUAAAUGAUUCUAUUUAACUGAAUGAUCUAUUUAACUGAAGCCAACUUAUUGACUCUCGCCAGUCGAAAUCGGCCGAUCCGGACUUGUCUCUCGUCUCGGCCGACACGGACCGCUUUUCAUUCUCGACUCUUCUCAUCCUCUCUCCUACCCCUCACCCCUUGCGAUGACGAAUGAGGGGAUAAUUAUUUUCGCAAGCGCGACACGUGGGGGAGAGGUAGGUAGAGAAACAAAGUAGUUAGCUCUUCGCGUCACGUGAAAGACAGAAAGAGGAGAUCAUCGGCGAAAGGGAAGAGAGAAAGAAGCGAUGUAUUUUUGAAUAUCCUAGAUGCGCUAGAAUUCCAGCAUCGUGCGAAUAGUUUCGACGAAUUAAAUAAACGAACGAUAAAGGAGGGGAAAAGCCGAAAAAGAAAAAAAAAAGACACGAAAGGGGAGAAAGGAAAAACGAGCGACGUUUUUCUUUUAUUUUCUAUCAGGGGCCGAGAUACCGCUGUAACUUUGCCGAAUUCGGAUUUACUGCGAAUCGUCUGUCGACAUCAUAUUGUCGUUCGAUUACGGGAAAAUGCAAAUUAUGUCGAUGAGAAAAUCUCUACUGAUCUCUGUUUUGAUUUUGAUAUUCUUUCGUUAUAAGCUUAUAAUGAUUACAUCGAAAUUUCUUGGUGUUUUUGAUAAUUUUCUGGAAACAUCUCUCGAUUCGUAUUGAGAGAAUUUUCAGGCGAACUAACAUGCAAGUUUGAUCGUCGCGUAAAAGGGGAAAAGAUUUGGAACUUUUCAGUGAUACGAGUGAUAUUUUCUCGCGCCUGCACGCGUUGGAAAUUGAACACGCCAGAGUUACAUCGGUCUCGGUCCAUAUUUUCUACAAGCAUGUACAGAAACGUAUGAUGACGACGACGACCAG